GCUGGCCUCCCCGGCCCCCUCUCAGCCCCCCACCCCAGACCCUGACCCCGACCCGGAUCCGGAGCCUGGCCCUGACCGGGCCCGCAGUGUUGAGGACCAAUAUGUAGGGGAGGGCGAGUCCAGUCAGCCUGAAGUGUACCAGGCUCUCUCUGACUACAAGGACGCCGAGACCAUCACAGAUGUGUGCAACAGCACCGACCUGCCCGAGUUUGAGAUCAUCAGCCUCCUGGAGGAGCAGCUGCCUGUUUAUCGCUUGCGAGCCGACACGGUUUACGGCUACGAUCGCGAUGACUGGCUGCACACGCCACUGCUGGCCGCCGACGCUCCGCUCGACCUAACCACCGAGCAGAUAGAAGAGACGCUCAAAUACUUCUUGCUGUGUGCGGACCGAGUGGGCCAGAUGACAAAGACCUUCAGUGACAUUGACGCUGUCACACGUCUUCUGGAAGAGAAAGAGAGAGACCUGGAAUUGGCUGCGAGGAUCGGUCAGUCUCUUCUGAAAAAGAAUCGAGUUCUGACGGAGCACAAUGACUACCUGGAGGAGCAAGUGGGACAAAUCACAGAGGAGGUGGCCCAACUGCACCAUGAGUUGAACCUGAAGGAUGAGCUGCUUCAGUUUUACACCAGUGCUGCCGACGAGAGCGAGGAGGAGUCCGGCGGAUCCCCGACGGGGAAGAAGAGUCGAGUGGACGCUGCCGCUGGAGGUUUCCUGAGCGACACCCUGCAGAGGAAACUCAAAGAGCUGGAAGAAGAGAACCUGUCGCUUCGCUCAGAGGCGAGCCAUCUCAAGUCUGAGACGGAGACGUACGAGGAGAAGGAGCAACAGCUUGUCAACGACUGCGUGAAGGAACUCAGGUUGUCCAGUCUUCAGAUCUCGACAAUAGCGGAGGAGCUCGCUCGCAAGACUGACGAUGCCUCACGGCAGCAAGAGGAGAUUACGCACCUGCUCUCCCAAAUUGUGGACUUGCAGAAGAAAGCCAAGUCUUUUGCCGUGGAGAACGAAGAACUUUCACAACAUCUGAUCGCGGCCAAGGAUGCGCAAAGGCAGCUCACUGCAGAGCUGCAAGAGUUGGAGGAGAAGUACUCUGAGUGUAUUGAAAUGCUGCACGAGGCCCAGGAGGAGCUGAAGAACCUGAGGAACAAAAACUAUGCGGCGGGCACACCCAGACGCUUCCAUCCACUUGGAUUGUACCCGAUGGAUUCCCUGGCUGCGGAGAUCGAGGGAACCAUGAGGAAGGAGCUGAGCCUAGACGACCCUGACUGUGAGCAGCAAAAGGUCCAACGUAAGCGCAUUUUCGAGACGGUCAAGAACGUGAACCAGGCGGUGCGUCAGCGCUCUCUGACCCCGACCAGCGCCAACAUCCCGGGCUCCAAUCAGUCGCUCUCCUCGCGCACCUCGCCCAUGUCCAGCGGGCUCACCAGCCCUCAUUCCAGCCUGUGCGGAGGCGACCUGGGUGGGGACGGCGUCGCCCUCGACAACCGCGCCCAGACCAUCCUCAUGGAGACGGCGUCCAAUCAGGAGAGGAGAGCAGAGGGCCGAGAGAAGACGGCAAACGGAGCUGAGGAUUUGCGUCUGGCCCUACGGCGCCUUUCCCUGCGCCGUCAGAACAACCUGAGCGAGCGGCGCUUCUUCGAGGAGGAGCGGCGGCGAGGCGGCGGUCUUCCCGACGCGGCGGGCCAAGGGAGCCUCAUGACCCCCUCGGAAAGCAUCAUGUCGCUGGGGAACCUUCACCUGUGGGCCACCAGGGGGCCCUACCUGCCGGACAAACUGCAGAUUGUCAAGCCGCUCGAAGGCUCGGCCACCCUGCAUCACUGGCAGCAAUUAGCCCAGCCCCAUCUCGGGGUGAUUCUGGACGCCAGACCCGGGGUCGUGUCAAAAGGUUACCGACCACUCGAACUGGAGCUUGAACAGGUAUAUUCCUGGGGCAGCUUUGAGGAGGACGAAGCAGGAGAGCAGUACUUCCAGAAUCUUCCCACCACCUCAUCUUCGGCCUCCCCGGCUGUGCCCUGUACCUCCUCCAGCUUGGGUCAGCCCUCGCCGCACUUGGCUCCAGCUUCUCCCCCAUCUUCGUCCCCACAUCUGAGCAACACUGAUGCGCUGGCUGCUUACUAUCCAGGUAAAUGCAUGGCCCAUACAAGCUCCACCUACACUUUUACAACCUGCCGCAUCCUGCAUCCGACUGACGAGCAGACCCGGGUCACCCCCAGUCUGAACGCCAUCCCCGCGUCGUCCUCCUGCGUGAUGACCAGCUCGCUACUGGGCACGCCCGCCGCAACACCCUGCACGCCCCGCAGGCUCAGUCUUAGGCCAUCUGAGUCUUCAACAAAUCUCAGAGAUGCCACACGUACCACCAGCACCUGCCUGGGCCUAGUGCGCCUCCUACAGGAGAGAGGGAUCUCUGCAGCGAUGUAUCACCAGCAUCAGGGGUUGGAUGGCAGUCAGGCCAACGAGGGGCUUUUAUUCAGCACUUGCAUCACUCCUAACAAACCCUCCGACCCCGACUCGUUGCGUCCUUCCACCCCUUCGAACUCCCCCACAGGACAAGGGGCUUCAGCCGUAGCAACCUCCAUGGGCUUUGACUUCAAGAGCCCCUCUUAUGACAACUUCCUGGCUUCCAAGCCGGCACGUAGCAUCCUGAAGGAGGUGACGGGGGUGACGAGGGGGCGUCAGAGGGGACGGGACUGCCAGAGCCAGACUGAUGUGAGCGUCACCGUGCAUAACCUCAACCUCCUCGACAAGGUGAAACGGCUCGGGGUCGCCGGGGCCAGAGCGGCCAGUGCCGGCCCCAUCUUGGGUGGGCCUUUAGGGGGGCUGCGCAGAUCCGGCUCCCCCUUCGGGCCCGACGGGAUCAGACGGAACCGGAGCUAUCCGGCCAGCAUGGCCAUGAAAGCUCCAGGUCCUCCAGAGUAAUUUUGCUUACUGACAUUUAAGCAACCAAUCAAGAGUGAGCACUGGCUGCUGGCCAGUUACAUGGUCACUGUUUUAUGACUGAAGAGGCUUAUCAUCACCAAAUUAAUAUAACAAUGGACUGUAGAAGGAAAACAAAAAUCACCCCCCAACAAACAAAUAACAUAAUAGGAUUAUUGCUUCUGUUUGUUUGUCACGGUGGAUCAGGGAAUAUUUCACUUACAAAUAAAAGCGCUUAGAGAUGCGACAUUA